GGUAGUUAGAUCUAGGACUUCAUAUUUUGUUUUUUUGUUUGUCUUGUUUUAAUAUAGGAAAAAAUCAAAAAAAAAGAAAAAGAGAACCGUAAGAAAAAGAAAAGAAGAAAGAAGGAAGACGGAGUAAAGCCAUCACACCACGAACCGGACACACACAAAUUGCAGCAGAUCCGAAACCGGCCACGAGAAGCACACGAAAAUACAGUAUCAUUGUUCUACGCCAUUACAAUCUCCUUCCGCCACGUGUCUCUCUUCUUCUCAGAUUCUUUGCCUCUGUUCCACCUCCAACUCCAAUGGACAACAAUCGCGCCACUCCUUCAAGUUCUGGCAAUAGCAGGGGAAGGGCUUUUGAUACAAGAAAUGAUAGAGAAAGAACAAGAGGCCGUGGUGGUGGAAGUGGGCCAAGUGGCUCAGGAAAGGACAAAAUUGAUGCUCUUGGUAGGCUCCUAAGUUUUCAAACUGUCAUGCACUUUGAUCAAGAAGGAAGCAUUUCCGUGGGAUAUUUCUUGCAACUUAAAUGAACUAAAACCAGGCUCUUUUGAAAAAACAUAUGUGUUUUGUUUGCAUGGGAUUGUACAUUGGAGCAACAAAGUGGAUGAACUCUAUGUUGACACGAAUUUUACGUCAUAUGGCAUCUGAGUUGAAAUUGAAUAUGAGGAGUGAUGGUUUUGUGAAUGUUAACGAUUUGCUAAAGCUGAAUUUGAAGACAUUUGCUAAUAUUCCUCUACGAUCCCACACUAUUGAUGACAUUAGGGAGGCUGUUCGAAAAGAUAACAAGCAACGUUUCAGCCUCGUAGAAGAAAAUGGGGAGCUACUAAUCCGUGCAAACCAAGGCCACACAACCACGGCUGUUGAAACUGAAAGCUUAUUGAAACCAAUCCUUUCAGCUGAAGAAUUUCCAGUUUGUGUGCAUGGGACAUAUAAAAGGAACUUGGACUCGAUUCUAGCAUCUGGUCUGAAACGCAUGAAGAGAUUGCAUGUUCAUUUCUCUCGUGGUUUACCAACAGAUGGAGAAGUAAUAAGUGGUAUGAGACGAGAUGUCAAUGUUCUGAUCUAUCUUGAUGUUAGAAAAGCUUUGGAGGAAGGUAUGAAGCUAUACAUUUCUGACAACAAGGUGAUCUUGACGGAAGGUUUUGAUGGUGUUGUUCCAUCCAAGUAUUUCCAGAAGAUAGAAUCAUGGCCUGGAAGACAGCCCAUUCCUUUUUAAAAUCUAUGGCAUGUUUUGUUCUUACUAAUGUAAAAUAUUCCAAGUUGAGGAUUACUAAAUCAUUGUGGAUAUCUAUCGCAAGUUUUUCACAAACUUCAAUUCAAGUUAUUAUUAGAUUAAACUGAUUUAACUGCCUACUUCUUUCAGGAUUUAGACAAUCUUACUUUGGAUUAGCACAAUAACUUGUAUAAGUAUAUACAAAAAUUAGAGGAGAUUCGAUUUUAUUAUUAUUA